UGUCAUUAUUUUGUCAAAAUUGUUGUUUGACUACACAUAAUUUUAAUUUUUGGCGAAAAAAUUAAAAUUGAACGUAAAAAAUGGCGUUUGCACCCAACAAUCCAAAUGGAAUAUGUCUUGGGAUGGACAUUAGCGUUGGGGCGCUAAAGAGUGUAGGGAAAAAGGAGGGGAAAAAAGUCUUGAAAACAGGUGACGGUCUUACCCUCGGCGGGACAGAAUUCUUUCAUGGCAUCCUUCCACAAUGGAAAUUCUUGGAUGAGAAAUAUUUCGAUAAAUGGGCGGUGAAACAGAUAAAAUACAAAAAAAGAUUGGCAGCCAUAACAGCGAGAAGAAUUGCAGACGCCGAAGCUGAAUUUAAAUACGCUCAUAACCAUUUACUGUGUUUGGCUGGACCUGAAUGGUAUCAAGAGUUAUCUCCACAACAAAAAGAAUUGGUCGAUAAUUUGAGACCAGCGAUCAAAAAAGAUUUGGAAAGUCAUCUGACCAAAGCAACUCAAUCUGUUCUAUCGCUAUUGGGGAUGAGACCUUUGCCCAAUGAUAGUCAGCUGUGGAGAGCUCUGACCAAAAGUUACGGAUGUCCAGUAGAAUUCUUAUUGGUACUAUAUCAAUACAUAAAGGCCCAUCGAAAGUUUUAUUCUACCAACGAUAGAUUACUUCUUUCCGGUGUUGCACAUUUAUGCCUCAAAGACACUUUGCGUGAAAUGCACAUUCGUUCCCCCUCCCCACCAGCGAGAGAAAAAAAGCCAAGUCCUCCCAAACCGAAAAAAAAGAAGAAAAAGUACGGUAGUGCCUACUUGAUCCCAUUCACCUUCGAAUGGCCUCAAAGAAGAUCAGAUAAAUACACAAAUCCAGUGAUUCAACGACCGAUAUGUCCAUAUUUUUCUUAUAUCUGCGAUUUCGAAGCAGUACGUAUAAGAAAUUGUGAUGACUUGCGUCAAGAUGAUAGAAUUGAUGAGGACAUCUCUUUACCUUGCGAGAUGUUCGAGGAUCAUCUUUCUGCUGAAGAAUACUAUAACUUGAUAUUCAAACGUGGCGAUGCUAAAAGAUAUAUCAUUAUGCGACCAACAAAGUACGAAACAAAAAUUCCAAAAACCUACCCUGGCAUACUACCGAAAUUCAUGAUUCCAAAAAAAUAUCCUCCACCUAUCAAACUUAUGUUAGACGUGAAGAUUUACAAUGAAAUAAAUCCUAAAAAUAUGAAAAGCAGGAAAGUUAUAAGGACUAUUUGCGAAGUUCGAAUGAAACCAGGAGGUAGAUCAGGACAGUCGGUAGGCCAGAAGCUUCUAGCAAAAUACGUUUACAUAAAAAACAUAGGAGAAUAUAUGAAAAAGAAUGCUGAUUCUGAUAUCAUCGAAGAUUCCGACGAAGGAGGAGAUUAUCCCUGUUCAAUUUGUGGAGGUCCCGAAGGAAAAAUGCAUUCUCCAGAAUUGAGACCUACCAAAGAGAAGAGCUGGAUCAAAAGACCACGGUUCUCGAAGAAGGAGAAAGAGAUCAUUUACAAGAACUUAUCGGAAUUCAUGCUGAUGGAUAAGAAGAAGGUAGAAGUCGUAGAAAUUGAUGAAGAUGCGAAAAAACUAAUAGCCGAAAAUAAAAAAUACAUUGAGAAAUGGGAAACUAUAUUUGAAAACAUCGCACGCAUGGAAAAAUUGAGAUUGGACACGGGGACAUGCGUUUGCCCUGGAAGAACUAAAGACCCAGAGAAGUUUCUUCCCGACAUAGACUGUACUUGUGCUAUAUGGAAUAUUCCCGUGCCUCCAAAACCAAUCCCUCCUAAAAUAUCAUGCGAGUGUGAUCCGAAACUAGAGGAAGAAUAUAUACCGCCUAAAGCAGAUAAGUGCGACUGUAAGCAGAAGGCAAGAGAGAAGGCUAUGGAAAAAUGUAAGCAAUGUGGGAAACCACUGGAGAAAACAUCAGAGGAACUUGCAAACCAGGCAGUCUGCCAAUGUACCAGAAUUCUAGAUGCUUGUGCUAAUUGCGUGCCCCAAACACCGAUGAAAUUUCCUCUAUUAGAAGGAGAAACUGAGAAGGAAUGUGACUGUAAAGCAAAACCCCCUGAAGAAGGACAAGAGGUAACUGUUGCAUAUGUUUUUGUCGAUAAUAAAAUGGCAAAAGAAUCUUCUGAGGCUGAUAAAGAAGAUUGCGGUUGUAGAAUUCCCAAACACUUCUACGAAGAGAAAAGUUGCUCUUGUAAAGAGAAAAAGGAAGCUAAAAUGAAAAAGAAGGAAGAGAAACUCAAGGAAAAGGAAAAGAAAAAGAAAGAUGAGACUAAUAAGAAGAUCGCCGCGAAGAGUAAAACUGACAAAAAAGAUGCGAGUGAAAAGCCGGGUAAAGGAACGAAAGAGAAAGAGAAGGAGGUGAAGUGUCUGGUAGAAUGUGGUAAAAUAUUAGAGUUGAAUCGAUGCCGGAGAGAAACUGAAAAACUCUUGAAUUUAUUGAAAUGCGAUUGUCCGAAGUGCAGGGAUCUUCGGAAGAGCUACAGGGCGAGGUAUGUUCAAGCUGGAGCUAGAGAUGGUUGUGGGGGUAUGUUACCGGUUAUUGGAGGGGUCUCCGGUGCAGAAAAAGAAUGCGACUGUUUGGAGAAAUUCGAGAAAAGAGUCAAAGGAGUGAGUGAGUACAAAGAAAGGAUGAGAGCCAAGGUGAAAUUGAAAUCGCAGAAUGAUAAGUAUGUCAUAAGUGGAGUACAUCAAACUAACAAAGGACCGAUAUAUAACCUACAAAGCGUGAUCCCGAAGAAGCCUUGUAUUUGCAAAACCAGCGAAGAGAUUCUGACAGAAAAAAGAAACGACGAAGCACUGACCGAUAACCUCAAACCAGGAUUUAAACAUGUGAUUUUCGGUGUGAAAGGGGGCGAUGAAAGUCAUGAAUACAUUUUAGGUGGCGCCACUAAAGAAUGUGAGUGCUCUGAGUUAUAUGAUAAAUUCAUGAGGGAGCAUAAUGAGUGUUUGGUGAAUUACGAACGCUAUUUGAAGUAUAUGGAGAAGGAGAUCCAAGCGUACAUGGAAGAUAUGAACGAGAGGUAUAAGGAUCCACCGCUUACUGCCCAAAAAUUGAUUGAGAAUGAGUUGAAAAAGAUGACAGGAGCUCCAGGGAUACCUUUGCCGCAGGGAAAAACCGAGUUUCUUAUUUCGGGGGUGCAGGCUAAAGAACUGGGCAAAUCUUUUAUACUUGGAGGUAUGCUUCUGAAUAAGAUAGAAAGCGAUGAAUGUACGAUAGCAGUAGAGAGCUACACCCAUAUACCAGAAAAGAAAGCAGGCACAACAGAUGAUAUGACUAAAUGUCGAAAAAAUUUUCUCUGCAACUAUAUGACUUUUGGAAGGAAUUGCGGAAAUCCGUUUCAACCAACAAAAGAGAUAGAUAUCAAGAAUAGCAGUGAAGAAGUGAUCUGUCAGUGUAUUUCGUAUGAGACUGUGAUGAGCGAAACCCCAAAAGAGUCCGCGGUAGAGGAGGAAGAAGAAGAGGAGAAAUGCGCCUGCGAAUGCCCAUGCGGUAUAGAAAUAGAAAAACCAGACUCCUGCUCCUGCGCCUUAGAAGAAGAGGAAAGCGAGGAAUCGUGCGUCUGCGCCGAGCUAGAAGAAGGAGAAGAGGAGGAGGAUGAAUCAAUCCAGACACCGGAAGGUUGCACUUGCGGUUACGUGAUACCCUCAAGUUCAGGAACCGCGUCGGAUCCUUGCGUGUGUGGCUUCAAGAACUGCGGGUGCCAGGUGGACGAGGUCUGCGUCAAAGAAUGUUUCUAUGGCCCCAUGGAGGCUUGGUAUUCCGACGACGCGCUGAAAAAGGAGAAGGUAGUAGAGGUGAAGCAGGAAGAGGUGAAAGAAGAAAGCUCGGAGGAGUCUGUCUGUCCCUUCGGAGGACCGGCCAAGAGAUUCGUUGUGUUGAGGAGGAUACCGAAGAGAAGGAAGGGACAAGUGGAAUAUCUCGAUAAAUUGCUGAAAGGAUUAGCAGAAGACGGUUAUCCAUUGGCCAGACUUCCCGAUUGUCAAAGAUUGCCUCACUUUUGGUUAUGGAUGCAGUUCAGGAUGAAGAAGAAAUGGAAUUAUGAUGAUGGGUUGAGAAAUUUCCGGACACGUCAAGUAUUAUGGAAUCACAUUUCGAUAUGCAGAAGAACAAUACCAUAUCCGAAACUACCAGUACAUUGUGUUUGUGAAGCGACUAAUUACACUUGGAGAGAAGCUAAAACUGUGGCCAGAAUUGUGGGCGAAACUAAGCAGAAGUUCUAUAAUAAACUCAGAAAGAACAUGGUCGAUUACGCAAGAGAAUUUUAUGCCACAAUGUCAGCUUAUCAGUAUCCCAAUCCGCCAUAUUUGAAUCAUUACUUCUACGCAUAUCAGCCAGCCAAACUUGAGAAUGUCAUAGGAGAAUAUGUUUGGGAAGGCCAUGAACAUAAAAAUCCAAAAGAUUACAAAUCUUGUCUUUGUAAAUGAAUAAAAAUUCAAAAAAUGAAAUCGA